GUGGAAAUUCACGAUCGAACGAUGUUUAGAUCUGGUCUGUCGAGCACAGUUUCGGUAAAGCAUGACGGUACACAGUCGCGUAUAUAGGUAUUUACGCUUUAAUUACUUUUUUUUUCACGCUGCUCCAAAAAGCCAACGAUGUGUGAUACACGGCUUUUGUGUGUUGCGAAGCGUCUGUGUGCGCGCGUAAAGCGCAACGAUCGCGUACGUCAAAGCCGGCAGUGAAUCUCCGCGAGCCGCAGAGCGCGGACGUAAUACCGCGGCGAAGCCGCGCCAAUCCUCCUCGCCAAUAGUGCGCGAAAACGGCGGCUCUUCAACCUUCUUCUUUGCCUUUCCCCCGCGUCUACGUGUCGCGCGUUCGACCGCAAACCUGAUCGAUUCGUUACCGUUGUUCGAGAAGUAAUAAUGGAAUUUCGAGCGACCUACCUCGGUGGCCCUCGGUGGUCUAAGUUUUAAUCCGUGGAAUAUUUUUCGCGAUAUAAUAAAAAUAUAUAUAUUUUCGUCGUUGUCGCAUUGCAAGUGCGUCGUUCAUUGUUAUCGAGUCGAAUCGUUCAACCGUUGCCACACUGUACCUUCCACGCGUUUUAUUUUUAUCAAGAUCGAUACAAUAAUUCGCCCGAUCGAAGCGUGAACAGCGGCUGAGCGAACAGUUUAACAGGAACUGUAAUCGAGCGAACGUGUAAGGUGGUUGGUUGGUUGGAUGUUUCGUUUGUUCACGUCGCGUCGUGACAUCCGAUAUACAUUCGGCCAAGUUUGUUAAACCCGGAGAACGGGUUAUAAUCUUCUCCGAGUGUUCUUCUCGAAUUAUUUCGCACUUUCUUCUCUAAUUAGAAGUUUGCGUCUCGGAACACAGACGGUGCAAUUAUGGAAAUCCGUUCGACGUAUUAGGCUAGCCCGUGUUAUUUUCGUAUUAAUUAACGGGUGAACUGCUGUCGAAUUCAGAAAAUUCAGAGUCUCGAUUCAAGAUCAUGCGUGCGUCCGAUGGAUGGUUUCUUCGGUUUCUUCUUCGGUGACGAUAAUCGCGCGCGAAAAUCGAUCUUUCGAUCCCUCGCCGCGAAAAUCUCCAACCAAUGCGAAUACUUUCCGCGAUUUCAACCGUGUCGCCUCUCGAAUGGAACGAAGAAUGGACUCGUUUCUUUACGCUCUUCUACCCGCGAAAUACGAUUCCUCGCGCUUGCAACAAAAGGCCGAGACACGUCGUAUUGUAUUUAGCGUCGUACGAAACGUAAAGUAAUCCUGCUUAAAAUCGAGAGGAAAAAGAGAUAAACCUAGGAAUCUAGACGUAUACGUCUAGAUUCUUUUUUUCGAGCUUGGAACAAUUUAGACGAACGAGAACAAUUUCAAAACGAUUGUACGAAGACAAUCGUCUGAUGUAAGUCAAGUCGUGUAUUGUCCUCCUUCUGAUCAUAAUUGAUGAUUGCGCAAUCACUGCUCGAAAAUAGACGUCUCGAUCACGCGGUACGAUACGUUAGAGGGAAAAAAAAAAACCACUGUUAAUAUCUGUGUAUCUUUCUCUUUCUCUCUCUGUUCCCUGUAUUUAGGAAAUUGGGACCGGCGGUUUUUCGAGCAGGAGACACGUCGCGGGUGAAACCACACAAACGAGCACAGAAACUGUAGAAACGCGCGGCGAAAAAGAGAACAGGAGGCUCGUAAAUGUGAGAACAGGUUCUCUUCGAAUAUUGCGAAGUGCAAAUAAAGAAGAGGCAUACUUCUUUUUUAUACACGCGCACACACACACACAUAUAUAUAUCGUCGCUUUAAAUUUUUAUACCAGAAUCGUAUAUAUUUGUACACCCUUUUUCCGAAUAUACGUAUUUAUUCUGUGACAAAAUUUUUACUACGAGACUCGAGUGGAGACCGAUGGUGGACCAACGAAUCGAGUGGAGAAAAAAGGAUUCUGUGAAGCGAGAAGCGAAAGCGAGUGAAUCCGAUUACAAUUAUCUUAAAGCCGAUAUCGGGGCGUCCGUCGAUACCGAUUCGAUGAAUGAACGUGAGCCCCCGUACGGAUAAGAGAAGAGUUGGACGCACGUGGUUUCGUGAAUCCGGCGAAGAUUUGUGACGGAAUGACCGCGCGUGCCAAAUGCCUCGAUAGAAUCAACCGUUAUGACGUGAUACGAUAGCAGAGUGAGAGAACUUUAGGAGUAGAAGUAGCUCAAGAUUCCACGACUAUUUUAAGAACGGGCGAAUGGGCAUAGGCAUUUCCGAGAGAAAAGUAGAAACGGACCGGCGAGAUCGUCCGAGACACGUCCGAUAACACCGUUGUAUUCGAGGAGUGGAAGAGGAAGCAAGGAUCUCAACGGCGUUUUACAUUUUUUUCUUACUCACUUUCGCGACAAGUGUAUACUCGAUCGUGAAAUAUUACACGUACGUGUGUACGUGUAUAAUAGAGACACGCGAAGAAAGGAAGAAUGGAGGGAAGACCGAAAAUCGAAAUCGUCCGCGUACCUUCGAACGAGCGCGGUAACUUCCGGUCCCUGGACGGUGUCCGUAAUAAUUACAGCCACAUUCGUGUGGGCGCGUACUAUCCGGAACCGGAAGUCAAAGUGGUAGUUUGUGACAGCAAACCGCCUAUCGAGCAAUCUCGGAAAUUCAAAAAGCAUUUGGGACCAGUUUCAAAAUUGCUUAGACGUCGUCAUCACGCGACAUAUCUUGCGACGAAAUCCUGUGAUAAUAUUUAUAGCGUGAAUAGAAGCACUAGCUCCUUAGACUGGAGGGUUAAUCAAACGACGAACGAGAAAGGCCUUCAAUCUCGUCAAAGCAAUAGCCUAGAUUGGCGGGUAGGAAGAUCAAUUAACAAAUUGCAUUGGAGGGACACUACUCGUAGCGCGGAACAGCUUUCAAGAAGUGGAGCAAUCAGUUCUGAUCACCUUCAAACACCAAGUACAAAAUCGAAACUCAUUUCGCUCCUUCGACGGCUCUCCCCUCGACUUUCUCGACCAGGAAGCAAAAAUUCCUUGCAAGCAUCGCCGACCAUUUGUCCUUGGGUGCAGGUAGAAUACUCCUCGGAAUCGAUUAACGACGGGUUACGCGAGGAUUCGCAGGAAAACGACGUGAGCUUCCAGAGAGAAUUGCAACUGAAUGAAUUGAGGAAACGCAUGGCUGGAAUCCCUACCACUUCUCAGGUUACCACAAAAGUCGUUAAGGAUGGGAAGGGACAACAAACUUGUACACAGAUCAGGAUACAAGUGCAAGAACCGGAAAACGAUUAUACUAACGCCUCAAACUCGGGGAAAAAACUCAACAGUGUGCACAAGGAGCGCGGGGACGAGGAUCGUCGACGAGCCAGCGGCCAAACACGUGGUGGCGGCGAGGUAGCGGGCCUGGAGGACGUCGGCGAUUGCUGCGCCGCGACGCUGACGCCGUCGGUCCCAGGCGCCGCCGGCAUCAGAUCGAACCGCCGCACAAGGCCCCUCUCCCUUGCUGUGCAACCACUUAAUUAUCGCCGCCUCGACCCGGAUCCGAAAAUCGCCAUCAACAUCGUAACCAGCCACCAUCCCAACAUGACAAGCCAGGAGAGCAUCGGCAGCUGCAGUCUGGACGUCGAUCAAUCCGCGUCCGACCGAUCAGAGAAUACCAUAGAUACUAUAUCGAAGAAGACGUUGCACAGUCUGAAUUUAUCUUGCAACGGUGACUCAGUUUCUUCGUCGGAUAAUCUGGCAAACGGUAGCAGUGAGACGCUGCAAAAGUCGCAUUUAACGCCAGAUGAGAAAUUAAACGUCAGCAAUGGUCAUCGAAGCAGCCCGGAACCAGAGCAGCUGACAGUGAAGAAACCGAGUUACUUGGGCCUGGCGUGUAGCAUCAGCGGUUAUUCCGGGAUCAAUAGAUACGACAGCAAACUCAGGGAAGGAUUUCGAUCUAGGGACAGUAGCCCUGGGACCAGGUUGAUCACUCGAGACACUAGCCCAGCAAGUUUCAGAUCGAACGAAUAUCUCAACGUACCGGCGCAUCCUCACCCGCCCAAGAGCCAAUCAAUCUCGCCUCUAGCUAUGGACAGGCAAAACGGUUUCUCGAACGGUUUGAAGGAAGAGUGUAAAGUGGAGGCUUACAGGGAAUCGAGAAACUCGAUAGGUAUAUAUCAGGGUUACUCGGAAGUCGACAAAGGCGUGUUGACGACGUUCCCUGAAAUUAGCCCGGUCAUAUCUUCUACACCUACGAAACGCAGCCCUGGAGUUUCGCAGAUGAUGUCUUGUAGCCAACAACAGAACAAACAUUUCUCGGUAACUUCGCCGAAGCGGGAUGCCGCCAGUCUUGCGAGCGCCUCGCUUAACGAAACGAACGUAUUGAACGGGUCGACGGAGGAAGUAGGUAGUCAGGUGUUAACCAACACUCCGAGCAGCGAGAAAUCUUUCAUCCAACAGCGGGUGGAACGGCUGUACGGGCCCGGAGCCCUCGCCCAAGAGAACGCAAAUACGGAGGAAUCGUUGAAGAACUUGCCCGUGUUGAGACACCUGAGACCAGAGUUUCGAGCUCAACUUCCCGUGGUCAGCCCUAGAAGACCUACGGAUGGCUCGGAACAAAUUCUCAAACCUCUCCAAAGGGUGUCGCCAGUAUCUCGAAAGGUCGAGCAGAAAGCAAAAAUACCAGCUGCCACGAAUUUAGAUGGGAAUUUAAGCGAUAGCAACGCGCAGGAAUUAAGUUCUAGCGUGACUAGCAUCCCGGAUCAACAGCCAGCUGCGCCAAAAGUAGUCUUACCUGUCUUAGAAUCGAGCGCCAGCUCGACAAAUGUGGCGAAACAGGUUCAGGAGGCGGAGAAAACGGUCGAGGAGAAAAAUGGACAUUACUUUAUGAAGUUGCUGAAACAGGAGACGGACAGACUGCUCUCUUUAGCUGCGUUGGCGGAAGCGGAAUUGUCCAGUAGCGGCGAUAGCGUCCCGCUUCCGGAAGAGGCAGCCGGGAAAUUGCGCUCAGCUGCUGGCAAAGCCAGACUACUCGCCUCCCAAAAGAUGCAACAGUUCGAGGGGCUAUGCCAGAAAAAUAUCAACCAGGUGCCCGGUGAGGAAUUCCCGACGACGAACGAAGAUCUGGCCGGUUUCUGGGACAUGGUGAUGUUACAGGUGGUCCAAGUAAACGAACUAUUCGAUCAGAUAGAAAAAUUGCGCAGUUCUCAGUGGCAAGAGGUACGUUCAGUUUCUGUUCAUCCUCAGACAAUCGAUUCUUUGAAGCCUCUUGAGAACAAUUUUUAUUCCCACGAGAAUUCCGUGAAUAAUAACGUAAAGCCAGCUGAACUACCUAUCCGUAAAUACUGCUCCCAAUCCGUUACCGCUAAACGCGUACGAUUCGAUGAUAAGAUAUUCGUCAGGGAGGAGAAACCGAAUUACGUUAAAAAAGAUUCCUCUGUAUCUCAAAUACAAUUCCCGCUCGAGGCACGUUUAUGCGACGACGUGUUCCAAGGUUUAAACUUUCCCCAAAAUUUAGAGAAGCAUGGGGAUUAUUGUGAAGAUUACGAUCUAGAUUAUGAGAGCGAUCCGUUCCUUUGUGAAAGUUUAAAUGAGAUAAAGUCGGUAGAGAAUGACAGCAUUCCCCUUAACCCGUGCACUUCCUACGUGAUCAAUUAUGUGAAAUCGUUACAGCCUGACGUAAAUUCCUUUUAUUUCGAGAACGUUGCACCGUCUUAUGAUAAAUAUAAUUUGUAUUCCGACGAGGAUUUUCUUGAGAAAGACUUUUCAAGGAAAUUCGAAGUGAUUUAUAAAAAACAGAAUGAUGAGCUUAACCAGAAGAAGGAUAAAGAUUAUUAUUGCGACAAGGGGCAGAACGAUUCGUUUACAAAAAAUAGGCAAAGUGACGUGCAAGAGAAAAAAAGUAGCACGCACAGCGAUGGAAAGUGUAUUUCGCAAUUUCAUAAAAAAAGUAUAGCCGAAGAGAAAAAAUUGGAAAACGUUCGACCGAAAGCUAAAUCCUGUAGCCCCGUAGGGAGGAUACUCAACAACGAGACUAAUCGAAGAGCAAGAUCGCAUACUCCAGAAAUCAAGCCCCAAAAAACGAAUUUAAUUAAGUCACGUAAUGGCGACGUGCAAAAGCCUUGUAAUUUAAGAUCUAUGGUUACGCGGAAACGGGAAGAGAAAGUUUCGAUUCCAUCGAAAAAUGACAAGUUUCCUUAUAAAAGUUUCUCUCCGCGUAAAGAAAAUGUUAAAAAUGUUGAGCAUAAUGUCGUAUCGUUUCCGAACGAUAUUAAAGAAUUGUCAAAAACGAGAAAGAACGGUUUAUCGGGCGAUCAGAAAACCGAAAAGAUUAGCAACGAUAAAGUUAAAGAUAAGGCGAAUAAAUUAUGCGCGAUAAACAUAUUGCAUGGGAAAUUAGAAAAAAAUUUUCUUGCGAUAAAUAAGAAAAACGUGAAAAAAAUUAAUCAUUGUAAGAAGAAGUGUAAUUUUUCUAUCGUGCGCGAUAUGUGGUCGAAUCUCGACAUUGCGGAGAAUAAGUACAAAUCGCAAAGCAAGCUCAACGCAAGCAUGGAAAAUUGUACUUUUUCCGGAAUUUGGAAGGUAAAGAAAGAACUGGAAGAUUCUAAGAAAGAAAAAGUAAAAGAGAGGACAAAGGUGUUGCCUAAGAAGGCCGAGCGAGAGUGUAGAAAAGAGCAGAUGAAAGAAUUGCCUAAAAAGAUGGAACAAGAGUCUAGGAGAGAGCAAAUAAAACAAUUGCAUAAAAUGGUGAAACGAGAGGCGGAGGUCUCGUCCGAGACAUCCGAGAACAUUGCGUGGAGAUUAAGCGACUCGAAACCUUUCAUUCCAUUAUCCCAGGAAACUCUGCGCCAGUUAAGGCAAGUGUACAAUGUCGAGCAUCACGUGAAUUUAUCUGCAAAUUUAAACAAAUCGGAAAAAUUGGAAAGAAUGAAGGUUUACGAUAAGAAGAGAAAAGAAAAUGGCAAGUUCCAAGAGGACGAAUUUGUUAAAAAAUGUAGUUCGGCCGCGAGUAAUUCUUUGUACGAUACGUCAGAGGAUAUUCCAGAUGCUAGCUUUGUAAAUUUACAAGAUGAUUUGAAAACGAAAAUCGAAAUUUUAAAUCCUACAUCCGAAAUUAUAAAUUCUAUACCUAAAAAUCGCGAUUUUUCCAUUCAAUGUCUGAUUUCUAAUUUGACGCCCAGCGUGAUAGAAACCAAAAAUGAAUCGACUUUCUUCGCAAAUAAUAUCACGGAUAAUAUCCCGAGAUUGUGCAAAACAGAUGAGAUGCAGAAAUUAAAUAACGUCACCGACAAUGUCCCAAAAUUGUCUAAGAAGGAUGGCGAGAUACAGGAUAUAAACAAUGUGACGGAUAAUAUAUCAAAAUUGUUCAAGAAGAACGACGAGGUACAGAAUAUGAAUAAUGUCACAAACGAUAUACCGAAAUUGUCGAAGAAGAACGAUGAGAUACAAAACUUUUUGUCCACUUUAAUGUCUUCGUUAAGUGCUGAUAUUGUGUCCAAAGUCGCGAAUCGUAAUGCCUCUAAGUUAAAAAAUAAUUUAAACAUUAAAAAAUUAAGUUACGGUUUAAUUACUAAAAAUAUAAAAUCGUCGGAUGUUGAUGCUAAUGUAGUCAUGGAUAUUUCGCAACAUGUUCAUUCGGAUUUCGUUAUUCGUCCCUUAUUCGAUCAAAAAAAUGGCAAAAAUAUUAAAUCCAUUAAUUUAAAUAAUUAUCUACCGUUGAAAAAAGAAUUUCACGCGAAUCCUUAUUUCGAACAAUUGAAAUAUAUGCAAUUGUUUCCGGACAAUAUCGAAAUUCAUUCGAAUUCGCCUAAUGCUAAGAAUUUCCUCAGAAUGAGGCACAUAUACACGUUUCUCAAGUCGAAUCGAACUCUUUGUAGAUUAUCGUUGUAUUUAUAUGUAUACGGUAUUCUGAGUCUUGUUCUUAUAUUUUUAAAAAUCGGCUGUUACAUCCUGAAUCCCAACGUUUUAUAUAAUUUUUUCUAAAUUAAAUCACUAUUAACAACGAUCAAAUGUAUCCCCCUUGCAUUUCUAGAAUAAAUGUCUUCUUCUGCCUCCGG